AUGGGGCUCUUCAAGCGCAAAGAUUCCAAGAAUUCAAUUCAAAGCGAGAAAGAUGAACAAGACUCAGUCGUCACCGUCAAUAGCGCCCGCACAUCGAACACAUCCCUGAGAUCCCCAGGGUACAAGGGAAGCGGUCCACCAGCUUCAAUUCCCGAACUCCCCAUCGCCAGACCCCCAGACCCAGCAUUGGACCCAGCUGCAUAUCUCCGGAGCAUUCACGCCGUCCGCGAACGCUCCAACAUCGUCCUAAACAAGGCCAAAAACAACAACCUCAAUCAUUUCGAUGUCGACAUGAGCAAAUUCGAAGAUACCGCAUCCUAUGUCGUGUCAAUCAUCAAGCGAGAUUAUGCCCCAGAUUAUGAGAAUAUCCCACCGCACGGCCGCUGGCAGCAUUUCGACGUUGGCGGUCGACCGCGCAUCAACCAGCUGCUCCAGUCAUGGCCGAGCAGCAUUGAUGCGCAGGAGCGAACGCGCCGUCUGAUCGACUUAUUUGUGGUUUCUGUGCUGCUGGAUGCGGGCGCCGGAACCAAGUGGUCGUACCGAUCGAAGGAGUCCGGGAAAGUCUUCUCCCGCAGCGAAGGCUUGGCGGUUGCCAGUUUGGAGAUGUUCAAAUCGGGUCUCUUCAGUAGUGAUCCGACGGAGCCGUGCCAGGUGGAUGGUGCGGGGUUAAAAAAAAUUACGGCCGAGGUGCUUGCGAAGGGGAUGCAACAUUCUGAGCAGAAUCCAUUGGCUGGGAUUGAGGGUCGCACGGGGUUGUUGAUGCGGCUAUCCGAGGCACUGAACAACCAAGACUUCUUUGGAGUGGAUGCCAGACCGGGAAAUAUGUUAGAUUAUCUGCUCGGUCAUCCGUCUACUCUUGCUUCAUCUGUGCCUAUUGUUCCGAUAACCACUUUAUGGACCGUGCUCAUGGACGGCCUGUCCCCCAUCUGGCCUUCAUCGCGAACACAGAUCGAUGGAGUAUCAAUCGGAGAUGCUUGGAAGUGCUCAGCUCUCCCCAGGUCCCCGCCUGCACAGCAAUGGGAAAACAUCGUUCCAUUCCACAAGCUGACACAGUGGUUAUGCUACUCGAUCAUGGUGCCAAUGUCCAAAUUGAUGCACAUUCACUUCGCCGGCAGCGAUCUUCUCACCGGUCUCCCUGAAUAUCGGAAUGGGGGGCUUCUUAUCGACAUGGGACUCUUGAGUCUGAAACCGGACGACAUGCAGCGUGGUAUCGAAGCAUAUAAAGAGAACGCUCAGAUCAAGGGUCAACCGAGUGUCGAGGUCGCUCCGCUCUUCUGCGCCGAUGACGACGUGAUUGUCGAAUGGCGAGCUGCGACUGUUGGAUUCCUCGAUGAGCUCCUAGCAGAGGUUAACGCCCAGUUGGGUCUCAAGGGCACUGAAGAGCAACUCUCACUCGCACAAAUGCUCGAGGCAGGCACCUGGAAGGGUGGUCGUGAGAUUGCGGAAGUCUCCAGACCAAACACCAAGGAGCCCCCUAUCAUGAUACGAUCUGACGGCACUGUCUUCUAA